AUGUCUUAUUCAGUCAACGUAUCUGAUAUCGCACCUACGACCAGCGAGAAGCAGUUGCAUGAUUUUUUCACAAUCAAGUCCGUCGACUUUAAAGAGAACGAAAAGUCUGCCACCGUGCAUUUCGAGAAGUCGUCUGCUGCGAAGACGGCCAUAAUGUUGAACGGAGGAACGCUUGAUGGUGCUCACUUGACUGUGACUUCGGACGUCGUACACCCGGACGACGAGGAGACACCUCAUGUUGAGGGCACUCCGAUCGAGCAGAGCGAUAAGCCAAGGGCUGGUAUCGCGGCGGAGUACCUCGCCAAAGGAUAUACGCUCUCAGACCAUAUCCUCCAGCGUGCUAUCCAUAUUGACAACGAGAAAGGGAUCUCGAAGCGCUUCUUGAAUUACUUCCAGUCCGUCGACACGUCCCUCGGCGCGAAAGCGCUCGGGCCCGACCAGACGAUCUCGGGCAAGGUGACGUCGACGCUGCAGAACGCGACACAGCAGGCGCGCGCAGUAGAUGAGCAGAAGGGGAUCUCAAAGAGCGCGACAGACUACUACACCCGCGCGUUGAGCUCGCCUCUCGGCCAGCGCGUCCGCGCGUUUUAUACUACGACCUCGAAGCAGGUACUCGAUAUCCACGAGGAGGCACGUCGUCUCUCGGCGGAGCACAAGGCAGCGAACCCAUCCCCUUCCACAUCAACGCCUGCCGCCGCUGGGUCGGGGAGCGCGGAGGUCCCAGGGGCACCUGCGGCGAGUGAGAAGGUGACUGAGGAAGCUCCUACCGUGAUUUGA